AUGGUCGGAGCAGUCUACCAGGUUAGCCUUCCUGUCUAUGAUCAAGAUGCUAUUUCUUAUCGUGCUCCUGUUAGAGAGCGCCGUUUGAUGUCUGCCUUGCUACAUCCUGAUGACGACGAUGGGAUGCCUAUCACAGAGGAUGAGUUGCGUCAAGCUUUCUCCAGAGGAACUUCUGUCCCCAUGUGCACCCAGUACCGUUACCUUAGCGCUCCUGUUAAGAUUUCUUCGGCUCAGCCUCAAGACGACUGCACCCUCUUCCGUGGCUCACCAACAACUCUUCUGAAAUCUCCAUCUUUGUGGCUAAGAUUGCCCAACCCCAUGGAUGCUAUCAUCGCCAGAGCAUCACAGGAAUACAGAGGCUCUCAGCAUCAUCAUCCACCACUACGACACUGCCUCAAAAAAUUACACUUACCAUUAGCGGGGAGCCUCAUGGUUCGGAGGGUGUACACAACAAACCCUAAGGACCAACAAUGGUUUGGCUACCAAUGUAGAGUCGCUGCUGACAAUAAAUAUAGAGCGUGGCAACACUACAAGCGACAUCCCACGCAGGUCAAUAAAGCCCGGCACAGAAGAGCGUGCAAGAUAAUGGUAAAGACAGCAAAGUGGGCCAAGGCCAGAUGGGAGUUGGAUAUCAAGAAGAAACUCUCCUCUAACCAGGUUGAUGCUAAGCAAUGGUGGAACCUGGUGAAGGAGAGACAAGGCAUCUCCCAUCAAAAUGUUGUCAUUACUGAAGAUGAUGUAGGAAGACUCCUGAGAGGAGUGAACACCAGGAAGGCACCAGGCCCUGACGGAUUAAGCCCACAUAUACUUAAAAACUGUGCGACUGAACUAACAACCCCCCUCACACUCAUCUUCCGGCAGUGCCUGCAGACCGGGGAGUGGCCAUCACUUUGGAAGGAGGCGAGAAUUACACCAGUGCACAAGAAGAGGUCAAGAGCAGAGCCAGGAAAUUACCGACCCAUCUCCCUCCUCUCAGUGGUGAGCAAGAUCUUUGAGAGGAUAAUUGGUGAGCAGAUCAACAAAUACCUUGAGGAGAAUCACCUUCUAUCUCCGAAGCAAUUUGGAUUUAGAAAAGGCCGUUCAACCUCUGAUCUCCUCCUCUUGCUCUCCAAAUCCUGGCAUGAUGCCCUUGAUGCCGGACGCCCCUCCCUGGUGAUCGCCUUAGACAUUGCCGGUGCUUUUGACUCUGUGUGGCAUCAUGCGCUGACUACUAAACUCCAGCAGCUGGGCAUCACCGGGGACCUGCUACAACUGUUCACCAGCUACCUCACGGGACGGAGCCUCCGCGUAGUGGUGAACGGCAGCACCUCGUCCUCCUUUCCAGUGGAGGCUUCUGUACCCCAAGGUUCAGUACUCGGCCCAAUACUAUGGAACAUAUAUUUCAACGAUCUACUGCAGAGUUCUCCCGAAGCGGCUGCUUAUGCAGAUGACUGCACCCUCUCCUGGGCUUACGAGAGGAGAAGCCCAGAAUGUGGUGCAGGCAGUCAAUAG